AUUUCGUCACGAGUUUGGACAUUUCAACAGACAAUAUGGCACAAGACGUUUCUAACCGUUGGAUUCUCUUAUUCAUCCUCUUCAUCGCUCUUACACUGGCAGUGGUAGGUUUUGCCACCCCGAAUUGGUAUAGAGCUGUAUUGGCGAACACUGUAUCGUUUACAGCUGGACUUUUUGAUGUGUGUGUUUCGACGACAUGCUUCACAUACUUAAACUACUUGAAGCUGACACGAUACUCGGGUGACUAUGUCGGCUGUGUAGUAUUCCACGUUUUUGGUAUAGCCCUGGCAUGCAUUGCUAUCCUCCUUGUUAUCUGCUACGUGCUUAAUUGUCAAGAAGACGGUGUUGGGCUAAGAUGCUACUCUAUCCGACGACUGUUCAUGUAUGUGGCCUGGCUGUCUCUGUUCGCAGGUGUCUGUCUGCUGGUCACGGUGAUUUGGUUCUAUAUUGCUGUCAUACGGGACGGAGCCGGUAAAGGAAACCUUGCUGGAGCCUUUAUUUUAUAUGCUGACUACUCCCUCGGUCUUACCGCUGCUGCUGGGGGAAUCCUAAUCAUCGUCGCCUUUUUCCUAUUUUUCUUUCGAAAUCAGAUGUAUGACGAGGAAAUGGAAUAUUACCAGCCACGCCCAAAAAUGGCGCUAGAACCUGUUUACCGACCUCCGUCCCCAGAACCUGUUCGUAGGAUGGCCUAUGAGAAGCCUGUUUAUUCCAGAACUGUUUCACCACCUCCAAUUACCUACAGAGUGGAACAACCAAGACCUAAAUACACAAUGGAAAGACCCGCUCCCGUUCGUAUUGCAGCAUCUGUCCGACCUCCAUCUCCAUCCUAUGCAGCCUCUCCCAAGACUUACAGGUACACCACUGCCGAGGAGCCACCUUAUGCCAGCAGAGCAACAUAUGUAGAACGCCGGUAUUAAAAAUGUUCCGGAUGUAAUAAAAACAUCCCGAAUAGGUGAAAUUUGAGUUCAUUGUAUUCAUAUAGAAUAC